GUGUGAGCCCCGGUUUCCCUUUCUCGUAGCUGCUCUCCCUGUCCUGUCUUGCUCCUUUUUUUUUUAAUCCACCACCUUGCUCGAUGUAGAGCGUGCGUCCGUGUGAGUGUCUUUGCGUCUCUCUCUCGUUCUCUUCUUCUUCUUCUUCUUCUUCUUCUCCCUCUCUUUCUCUCUUUUCCACUUCUUUACACUCACCUUUUAUAUAUCUCUUCAUGGCAUGAUGCAGGAAAAUGAAGAACGACCCUGUUAUGACCGAGGCAAUGGGUCGCCAUUCUGCUCACCGAUAGUCUCGGAUACAUGGUACAAUGGAUCCUACUAUCAGUUCGUGUGGAAUUACAAUUACCCAUACUACGUUUCAUCAGAGUACAUCAAUCUCUUUCUGUAUUACAAGGAGAACUAUGCGUUCCAACCAAUCAAGAACUGGACAAACGUGCACCGUGCGGACGGACAACUUGCUGUGCAAGUCGACGACUCGUGGUUCCCUGAACUGCUUGAGCCCGCAGGCGCACCUAACAAGACAUGGUCCAUGUAUGGAUUGUAUUUACCUGCAGGCAUGGAUCCGGCCGCUGAACUGACAAAUCCGAAAAGUCAAUACCCACGACCCUUUAACUUUUCCGUCGUCCAGCCUUCUUACCCUUCAAACCAUCCAGCAUUGCAUCCAGGCCAAGAUUUAGGCAACGCCCUUCCCGGCUGGGCCGUGGCUGUCAUUGUUCUGGGCGCACUCACAGCAGCGGCCGCGGUUAUUGCUGGAUGUCUGAUUGUUCGACGUCGUAAAAAACCAUCGAUAUCCGACGCUACUAUGGUUGUUGUUCCGGCACCUUGUGCUGCUACUGGUGGUGGUGGUGGUGGUGGGACGCAUACCACAAAGUCCAUCAUGAUGAUGACAGAAACCGAUUCUUCGAUCUACUCGACAACCCCUAUCAUGAAUAGUAAUACCGUCGCCUAUAAUAACAGCAGCGAGUCUCCUCGUUUAUCAUCCAGCCAGUAUUGCUACUACCAACACGCGAACAACUCUUCCUUGCGUCGCUCUUCGUCAGGCAUGAUGGUACCACCUAAUGGUGGCACGACUCGCAACUCUUUCGAUGAUUCAACUAGCAGCCGCAGGCUGGCUGAUAGUACGUUCAUGUGGAUGGUCAACAACGAACAGCAACAACCUAGUGACGACGUAGCAGUAGGAGACGAUGAGCAGCGACGGAGAAGACUGGGUGAAGCGUUACUGGCACAGCAACUAUUAGAGGAGGAAGGAGCAUCAGUGAAACACGCUGAACGACGGCCUGUUACUGUUCAAAGCAUUUCGGGCCAAGAGAGCCAUGCCGUCUUUGAAGAACGUUAAACUUACUCUAAUUAUCUUUUCACAUACUCUAUAUUACACAUUCUUGCAUCAACAUUAUUACCAACCAACGAGUCAACCCCCUUUAAACAAGCAGCGUACAUAGAACCCGCCCCUUACCAUACCCAGAGUCCUAUAUUAGUAUUCUUUUGAAAUCCCUUUCCAUGCACACACACAAACAGUGUCUCUCUCUCUCUCUCUCUCUCUACCAUUACUAGUUUGGCCACUCCUUAUUCUUGCCUUUUUUUUUGCUUUCCUCUUUUUUAUACUAAACUAUUUGAAACACUAAUAAUAAUUAUAAUCG